AUGGAACAAUUUAAUGUAAAUUUAAAACGUAGUUCUGAACUACCUAAAGAUGAUAAUGAAAUUGAAUUUAUACAAGAUAAUCCAUAUUCUGCUUCUUCAUCUUCUUCUCCUCAUCCUCCUCCUUGUCCUUCUCCUUCUUCUCAAAAUAUAAUCUUAUCAAAACAAAAACCAAGUGAUUGUAAUAAUAAUUUAAUUAAAGCUGAUCUACAAACAUCUAAUUUAAAAUUAAAUACAAUUUCAAAUGAAGAUAUUCGAAGACAAUCAAGUGUACAUUCUGAACAAACAUUAAAUGUUGUUCAUCAUUUAUAUCCUACAACAUCAUUAUCUCAUACAGCAUCAGCUUUUUCAAGUUAUUUAAGAAUUCCAUCUAUUUAUGAACAAAUGAAUGAAACAGUUGUAUCAACACAUUCAGCAGAUUGGUCAAAAUCAUUACAUAGAUCAAGUUGUUUUAAUACACCACAAAGUUUAAGUGAAGAAGAUCAAAAAUUUACACAAGCAACAGUUCGUGCUUUAUUAGCUGCUAGUGCUAGAGAAUCUCGUACAGCAUUAACUGAUUUACCAUUAGAUUUUUUUAUAAAUAAUUCUGAUUUAUCUAAUAUUGAUAAUAAAUUAAAUUCAUUAUCAGUUCAACAAUUAUCUCAUAGAAAUUUAUCUACUGAUAGUGCAUUAAAUGUUAAUCGAUUAAAUUUACCAUUAACAACAACAGUAACAACAACAACAACAUCAUCAUCAUCAAAAUUUUGUGAUGAAUGUAAAGAACGUCGAACUCAUCGAAAAUUUAGUGCAUUAUAUGCUCAUAGUUUUGAUGAUACAAUACAUGAUAGUGUAUUAUUAUUUAAAAGAGAUAAAUCACCAAUUCCUAAUACAUCAUAUAAUUCUAAUAAUAUUAUACUAAAUAGUGUUACUAAUUUAUCAAAUUCUACACAACUACCUCAUAUACAAUCAUUUAAUAAAAAUAUUAUAAUUACUAAUAAACAAAAUCCAAAAUCAUUUAAAAACUUAGCUAGACAAACAUCUCAUUCAAUAAAUAGACCAUUAAAACGUUUAGCUGCUAGUUUUCGUUUAACUAAAAAUAUUGGACAUUCAGCAUCAGUUAAUUAUAAACAACAUUCUCGUACUAAUAUCAUAUCAAAAUCUAGUAAUAUUGUUUCAAGUUGGAAUUCUGUUUCAAAUUGUAUUGAUUCAAUACAAAAUACUUCAAUUAAUACUACUACUACUACUAAUAAUAAUAACAGUAAUAAUAAUAGUAAUGGUAAUAAUAAUAAUAAUAAUGAUGGGAACAAUAUACAUACACGUAAUGUAAUUCUUCAAACAGAUCAAGAUUUUAUGAAUGAAUUUAAACGUGAAAAAGGUUUACAUAAAGGACAUUUAUUAAUAAAUGAUAAUUUAAUUGAAAAACAUAAUAAAAAUGAAUUUAGUGAUUCAACAGAUCAUGAAACUGAUAGUUUAUUAAGUCAAGAUGAUAAACCAGGUGGUUCAUUUCAUUUAAAAGAACAAUUUUUUGCAUUUUUUCAACCAACUGGUAAUAAAUUAGCAAUGAAAUUAUUUGGUACUAAAUUAGCAUUAGAUAGAGAAAGAUUAAGACAAGAACAACAAGGUGAUUGGAUUAUACAUCCAUGUAGUAAUUUUCGAUUUUAUUGGGAUUUGAUCAUGUUAUUAUUGUUAAUUGCAAAUCUUAUUAUUCUACCGGUGGCAAUCUCUUUCUUCAAUGAUGAUUUAAGUAUUCACUGGAUUGUAUUCAAUUGUGUAUCAGAUACAGUAUUUCUUAUUGAUAUUGGCGUGAAUUUUCGUACAGGAAUAAUAAAGAAUAAUUUUGCAGAUGAAAUUAUGCUCAAUCCUAAAGAAAUUGCUAGACAAUAUUUGAAAACAUGGUUUCUUCUAGAUUUAUUAAGCUCAUUACCAUUGGAUUAUAUUUAUCUUAUAUUACAUGAUAAUGAAAAUUUUACACAAUUUGUUCACGCUGGCCGUGCACUAAGAUUUCUACGUUUUGUAAAACUUUUAAGUUUAAUACGACUUUUAAGAUUAUCUCGACUGGUUCGUUAUGUUAGUGAAUGGGAAGAAUUUAUUAAUUUAGCAAGUAAAUUUAUUGGUAUAUUUAAUCUUGUUUUAUUACUUCUACUACUUGGACAUUGGAAUGCAUGUUUACAAUUUCUUAUACCAAUGUUACAUGAUUAUCCAGUAGAAAGUUGGGUAGCCAAAGGUAAACUACAAAAUGCUUAUUGGUUUGAUCAAUACACUUGGGCUUUGUUUAAAGCUAUGUCACAUAUGUUAACUAUUGGUUAUGGAAGAUAUCCACCCACCAGUUUAAGUGAAGCAUGGGUUACAGUGAUAAGUAUGGUUACUGGAGCUACUGGAUAUGCUUUAUUUGUCGGUCAUGCGGCAGCAUUAAUACAAUCAUUUGAUUGUUCAAAACGUCUUUAUAGAGAGAAAUUUAAACAAGUGGAUGAAUAUAUGGCAUAUAGAAAACUUCCACGUGGUUUACGUAAACGUAUUGCUAGUUAUUAUGAACAUCGAUAUCAAGGGAAAAUGUUUAAUGAAAAUGAAAUUCUCAAUGAACUUUCAGAAUGUUUAAAAGAGCAAAUUAUCAAUUACAAUUGUCGAGCAUUAGUUGCUGCUGUACCAUUUUUUACAUUUGCUGAUCAAAAUUUUGUCUCAGAAGUAGUUGUUAAAUUACGUUAUGAAGUGUUUCAACCAGGUGAUUUGAUUAUUAAAGAAGGUACAAUUGGUACAAAAAUGUAUUUUAUUCAAGAAGGUAUAGUGGAUAUUGUUACAAGAGAUGGUGAAGUAGCCACUAGUUUGUCAGAUGGUUCAUAUUUUGGAGAAAUAUGUCUAUUGACAAAUGCUCGCCGUGUGGCAAGUGUUCGAGCAGAGACAUAUUGUAAUGUUUAUUCAUUAGAUAGAGCAAGUUUUUUAGAAGUAUUAGAUAAUUAUCCAUUAAUGCGUAGAACUAUGGAGUCUGUUGCAGCUGAACGUUUAAAUAAAAUUGGACGUGAUCCUUUAGUUGUUAGCAAUCGUAAAGAUUUGUAUGAUGAUUUAAAACUAGUAAAUGAAAUAGUAAAUCAGGCUAUUCGUGAAACAGAUGAUGUACAAAUAGAAGGUGAAACAGAAGAUAGCAUUGAUGAAAAUGAUAUUGAUAAUUAUAAAACUGAUGAUGAUAAUAAUAAUAAUAAUACUACUACUACUAAUGAUAAUAUAAAUAGUCAAUCUAAUGGUAAUAAUAAACAUCAUCAUCAUAAUGAACGAAAUUAUCAACUAUGUAAAAAAAUUAAUAAAUUCUCUCAUUCAGUUAAUUAUUUUAAACAACGUAAAUUAUCUCAUUGGAAUACAUUAAUAUUACGUAAAAGUUCUGAACCAGAAUGGUUACAUCAUUCAACUCAGAAUAGAUCUAGUACAUCAACAUUAUUCAAUACAAGUAUUCGUAAAUGGUAUCAUAUUAAACAUAAUAAAUUAAAUAAUUCAAAAAUAAUAAAUAAAACUAAAAGUGUAGAUAAUUUAAAUUUAUUAAAAAUAUCAUCUAAUUUAUCCAAUAAUUGGCAAAUAACAAAAUCAACACCGGUGAAUGUUACAGUUUCUAUUAUUAAUGAACAUGAUGAUUUAUCAUUAAAAGAAUCAACUACAUCAAGUAUACCAAUUAAAAUAAAUGAACAAAAUCAUGAAAAUAAUAUUUCAAUCAAUAAUCAAUAG